AUGGAGCAUAGGGAGUUUAAGCCUAUGGUAGAUAGAAUUUGGAAGCAGAAGCUGGGAAAUGAUCCUAUGACUGGUAUCUGGCAGAAGUUACAAAAGCUAAAAGAUGAGGCUAGAGGUCUAAACAAGGAGAUGGCUAGCUAUGAGCAAAGAUUGACUCAAAUAAGACAGAAUCUGGAGUGUACUCAGGCCAAUUUGAUACUUGAUCCUUUCAAUCAAGUGGGUGACAUAACUUCAGUUACUAUAUUACAGGAAGCCUUUAAUAGGUUUUCAGCUGCAUCUGGGUUGCAGGCAAGUGCAGAAAAGAGCUCAAUUUAUAUUGCUGGUGUGGCACAACAUAUAAAGGAGCAAUUGAUUGAGCUUACUGGAUAUACAGAGGGCUCUAUACCCUUUAAGUAUCUGGGGGUUCCAUUGUUUGCAAGGAAGCUAAACAUCUACCAAUGUCUACCUCUAAUGGAAAAGAUUACUGAAAGAGUAAGAUGCUGGUCAGCUAGGAUGCUCUCAUAUUUUGGAAGAAUUCAGCUCAGCAAAUCUGUGUUAUUUGGAAUACAAACAUACUGGUCUCAAAUAUUUUUAUUGCCAACGAAGAUCAUGAAGAUGAUAGAGACCAUAUGUAGGACCUUUCUGUGGACUGGUUCAACUGAUUGCUCAAGGAAAGCUUUGAUUACAAGGGACAAGAUAUGUCAACCUAGAGCUACUGGAGGUUUGAAUGUCAUAAAUAUGAAGAUAUGGAAUAAAGCAGCAUUACUGAAACAUCUCUGGGCAUUGGCAAUGAAGAAAGAUACACUGUGGAUCAAAUGGGCACAUAGUUACUAUAUAAAGAACAGAGAUAUUGCAGAAAUGAACACACCCAAAAUAGCAGCAUGGGUGGUCAAGAAAAACAUAGAGGCAAGGGAAGAUGUGAAACAGAUGAGGCAGUUCAUAAUAGUCUUAUAUCUACACUGGAGAGCUUAG